CAGCCGCCCUAGCCUCACAAUCAGUCCCAGCAGCUUCAAAUUUACCCAUAUCCUCCAUUUAAUAGAUUACUGAUUCAGUGCUGAACAGCACUGUUGGUGCUUAUGCGCGUGAUACCCUCUGAAUUCACUUCCCAGGACUACAUCUCGGCUUUGAAAUCAUUUCCACCACGGGCCAACUGGGCCAUGAAGCCCCAGGUCCUCCAGGCUCGAUUCAUGGCCUCAGUUGCAAAGGGCACCCCAAAGCCUAACAGUGCAAUUUUUGCUCCUGAACGUGCCACUUUCACGAUCCGAGAUGGUCCUGUAUUCCACGGAAAGUCCUUUGGAGCGAAAAAGAACAUCUCUGGCGAGGCCGUCUUUACCACCUCGCUGGUCGGCUACCCCGAAUCUCUUAGUGACCCUUCUUACCGCGGUCAGAUUCUCGUUUUCACACAGCCUCUGAUCGGGAACUACGGUGUCCCGUCUGCGGAGAAGGAUGAGAACGGCUUGCUGAAAUAUUUUGAGUCCCCCAGCCUUCAGGCAGUUGGCGUUGUUGUCGCAGAUGUCGCUGAAAAGUACAGUCAUUGGACCGCCGUCGAGAGCUUGAGCGAAUGGUGUAUCAGAGAAGGCGUUCCUGCUAUUUCCGGUGUUGACACCCGCGCCAUUGUGACCUAUCUUCGAGAGCAGGGUUCUUCUCUUGCUAAAAUUUCCGUUGGCGAAGAGUACGAUGCCGAUCAGGACGAAGCAUUUGUUGAUCCUGAGCAGAUCAACUUAGUCGCCAAAGUUAGCACCAAGGCUCCGUUCCAUAUCAACCCUGGAAACAGCAACGCACAUGUCGCUGUCAUUGAUUGCGGAGUCAAGGAGAAUAUUCUUCGUAGCCUUGUCCACAGGGGUGCAAGUAUCACCGUUUUCCCAUAUGACUUCCCGAUCCAAAAAGUCGCACAUCAUUUCGAUGGUGUUUUCAUCUCCAACGGCCCUGGCGACCCAACCCACUGCCAGAAGACAGUCCACAAUCUUCGCAAGUUGAUGGAAGUGUCUCAGCUGCCAAUCAUGGGUAUCUGUCUCGGUCAUCAGCUCCUCGCACUUGCUGCUGGUGCUCGGACGAUUAAGUUGAAGUACGGAAAUCGGGCACACAACAUCCCGGCUUUGGAUCUGACCACUGGCCGCUGCCACAUCACCAGCCAGAAUCACGGCUACGCUGUUGACGCUUCCACCCUCCCUAGCGACUGGAAACCGUACUUUGUCAAUCUUAACGAUUCUAGCAACGAGGGCAUGAUCCACAAGACUCGUCCAAUCUUUAGCACCCAGUUCCAUCCCGAGGCGAAGGGAGGACCUCUGGAUUCUUCCUAUCUGUUUGAUAUCUAUCUUGACAGCGUUCAGAAGUACAAGCAAAGCCAGGCUGCGUUCCAACCUGGACGGGAUAGCCGCCCGAGCCCGCUCCUUGCUGAUCUCUUGGGCAAUGAACGUGUUGGCGUCCAAACCACCAUUGGAACUCAGUCCACCCCUGAAUCAGUUGCUCCAGUUCUCGAGACUCCUAUUUCUCCCACGAUGGCAGCUGCAGCUUAAUGAUUUUUUUUCUUGAAUUGGUGCUAUGUUUCUUUGUUUUUUGCGUUCUCAUGAUGAAUGCUUUUUUUUUUUAACAAUUUCGGGGUGGAGUUGAAGUAUUUCCACAGAUGUUCGUUCGGCGCCUUAUGAUAUCAAGUUAAGACAAUACAAGAGAGAUUUUAAAUCAAGAACAC